AUGUUUCAACAAGGAAACCAGGUCGCCCGAAUGAGCACAUGGUUAGAGGUGAGAACUUUGCUCCAUCACACCGUCAUCGGCCUCCUUAUUGUCGCCCAGGGUCAUCAAGGGCACAUAUCACUGUCGCUUUCAAUGACGUAUGUGUAUACAGCGCUACGUGCUGAGCAUCGUGAGAUACGACUGCUUAGCCUCGAACCGUCUAAAGGAGGCGAUGAGCCACUUCAACUCUCCCUCUAUACUGUUCCGCUCGAUUGCCCUGGCGGUUACGAAGCCCUUUCCUAUACAUGGGGCGACACAUUACCCAAAUUCGAUGUAAGGGUAAAUGGCUUCGGCUUUCAGAUUGGAGGGAAUCUGCAUUCUGCGCUUCGCCAUCUUCGAUAUCAAGACCAACGGCGGCGGCUUUGGGUGGACGCCAUCUGUAUUAACCAGGAUGACAUCCAAGAACGCGAGGAGCAGGUGUCCAUAAUGCGUGGCAUAUAUGGCACCGCAAGCUCAGUCAUUGCCUGGAUCGGGGAAAGUGAUGGUUCUAGCGACGAGAGGGCGUUUGACUUCAUGGAUAAGAUUUUGGACCAGAUACACUCCCGUGUGGUUUUGAACAGAUUUUUGGCCGCUGAUACCGCCCCAACAAGUUCCGAGUUCAGUUUGGCGAUUCACAAGGAUAACAUGGACUGGAUCAGGUCCGUAACUUCGCUAGGCCUUGUGGGUAGCCCUUGGCUUGAUCUUCUUCAUCUUCUCCAGCGUCCAUGGUUCAGCAGAGUCUGGAUCAUCCAGGAGGUGGUGAUGGCGACGGACGUAACAAUGCGGUGUGGCGAGCGCACCCUGACCUGGCUCUUAUUUCGACUAUGUAUUCGGUUUGUCAAGCAUUAUAUCGUCACUAUCUGGGACUCCAGCGCACCAGAAGACAUUCUCAAGCUUGAUCUAGACGCAUAUCGGCAUUACCAAAGGUCGGGGGGUGUUAUUAGUCUGGAGAAGGCGAUAAUGCGCAUUAUCAAUGUGGAUCAGCUAAGAAGACAGAGGCGGUUAAUCGAUCUCACUACGACUUGUACACAGCAAAGCAGGCAAGGGUCUUAUCUGGCGGCCCCGGUUCUCUUGCCGCCGUCUAUCACGCAGCUCCUCGGGAUUGAGACUCCAGGACAAAGCAUGCCACAGGCAAUGACCCAUGAGGAACGGGUCUAUGCCGCACAGCCGCCGAUGGAUUUCGAGGUUGGGAGACUGUUGAAGGACUGUUCACUUUACCAACUAUUUCGGAAGUUCAGGUCUUGCGAUGCAACAGAUCACAGGGACAAGGUCUAUGCGCUGCUUGGAAUUGCAGAAAGAAUCCAUGGCUCCCACCAUGCACUGCCUGUCUCCUACAAGAAUUCUGUUGAAGCGGUACUCUGGAAUUUGAUUUCCAACCAUCUUACCUCCACCAAGUCGCUAAACUUCCUGAGUGAUGGGUCCGGGUUGUCCGGACCUGAAGGAUUCCCGUCAUGGAUACCAUUGUGGUAUGAAACACACUUGGAAACUCAUCCAUAUUCGUUUCUAUCUGAUGCACUCGCCUCAGGCUACAGGGCCAGUGGCGAUACCAAAGCACAAUUCCAAUUUGGAGAAGGAACGAAGCUACUCAAGUGCCAGGGUAUGAUUGUUUCGACCAUCGAGGCCGUUGGAGAAGCCUAUGACAGUAACUAUGACAAUGACAACGUCGAUGACCCUGAACGUCUAUAUGAAAGGUCCAUCCACACUAAAUGGGCAAAAUUGUUGGGCGUUGAUGAUGUAUUCAACAAGGGCAACAUACUAUGGGAUGCGGCACAGCGAGGAGCAAUAUCCAAACAAGAAAACCAGGCUCGAUUCCUGCAGCUUUUAUCACGAGAUAAAGAAAAAGGGCGGCGGUUCGUCGAGUUUGCCAUCACUCUUAUGGCUUGUGGGAGUACAUAUGGUGACUUGAUAAACGCCACCACCGUACUCGAUGGGAAUCAGACCUUUGUACCUUCUUUUGCGCCACAUAUGGUGUGGCCGCAGUCGACGAAUGACAAGAAGCAAGCGGGCCGAAUUCGUAACGCGUGCCACCGGCGGAGCAUGUUUACUUGCAAAGGAGAGGCCAUGUUUGGCCUCGGCCCAGGGAACGCAAAGCCUGGCGAUGUUCUUACCGUAUUCUUGGGGGCUGAUUUGUUGUAUGUCCUCCGUCCGGUCAGUGAGCAUGCUGGGCUCGCCACGUUCAAGUUAGUUGGAGAGGCAUAUUGCAUUAGUCUAAUGAAUGGUGAAGCAAUCAAUAUACCGAGGGCGGGGGGAGACCACAAUGAGUUUGGAACCCAAACGAUCCAGCUUGUAUAG